AGUAAACACAGAGUCCUCUGUUUUCUUCUCUAUCUCCUUAUGUUCACAUUGCACUCUCAUUCUCAAUGCAUCAGCCAUUACAUUUUCCUCCUUAGAAAUGAAAACAUAGCCUUCAUAGUUUAACCCCAAGCCUAUUUCUCUCUCAUUCUCUCUAAGAAAAGACCAUGGAUUGGUCGAAGUUUGGCAGCAAACAGAUCAACUCAUCACAUUGGGGCAAAGUGCACGGUCCAUUCAUGAUGGAGGAUCUAGUGUGCCAAAAUCAAAACAUGAUGAUCUCAAAGGGUAUUUUCAAGAACAGUAACCCUCUCAAAUACGCAACGCCUCUUCUCUUCCUUCAAAUGUCAGUCAUCAUCAUCACCUCUAGGCUUAUCUUCCGCUUCCUCCAACCUUUUAAACAAGGAAUGAUCUCCGCUCAAGUCUUGGCUGGUAUUGUUCUUGGACCGUCUUUCUUAGGACAUAACGUGACAUACAUGAACAUGUUCCUGCCCGCUGGAGGCAAGAUCACAAUCCAAACGCUAUCAAACGUCGGUUUCAUUAUCCAUCUCUUCAUCCUUGGACUCAAAAUCGAUGCGAGUAUUAUCAAAAAAGCAAGUUCCAAGGCAAUACUUAUCGGUACAGCCUCAUACGCCUUCCCAUUCUCUCUCGGACACCUCACGGUCUUCUUCAUUAAUACUACCGUGGGACUUCACAGAGACGUGUUUCACUGCGCAAGCACGGUGAUCUUCUUGUGCUCCAUGACAUCCUUUCCGGUAACAACGACGGUCUUAACGGAACUCAACAUCCUCAACUCAGAGCUAGGACGGUUAGCCACCAACUGCUCAAUGGUCUGCGAAGCUUGUAGCUGGUUCGUGGCUUUAGCGUUUAACCUCUACACGCGAGAGAGAACCAUAAAAGGCGUUUGGGGGAUUGUAAUGAUCGGAGGUCUUAUUGGGGUCAUUGUAGGAGUCUUUAGACCUUUGAUCAUUUACCUCACCGAGAGGAAAAGCAAGUCGAUGAACAAAAAAGAUAUUGUCCCGUUCUUCCCGGUCCUCUUGAUCUUGGCUAUAGCUAGUACUAGUGCAGAGGCCAUGGGUGUCCACGCUGCGUUUGGAGCGUUUUGGCUAGGCGUUUCGCUCCCUGACGGUCCGCCUUUGGGGACGGAACUUGCUAUGAAACUUGAGCUGGUUGCUUCGAAUAUGCUUCUCCCGUGUUUUAUAGCUAUUAGUGGGUUACAGACUAAUUUCUUUGAGAUCACGGAGAGCCAUGAGAACCAUGUGGUGUUGAUUGAAGUGAUUCUCUUGGUCACUUACGGCUGCAAGUUCCUUGGAACAACGGCUGCGUCUGCUUACUGCCAAACGCAGAUUGGAGACGCGCUUUGUUUGGCGUUCUUGAUGUGUUGCCAAGGUAUCAUCGAAGUCUACGCUAUUGUCGUGUGGAAAGACGCUCAGGUUGUUGAUACAGAAUGCUUUAAUCUAGUGAUAGUAACGCUUUUACUUGUAACCGGAAUUUCGCGGUACCUCGUGGUGUACCUCUACGAUCCAUCGAAACGCUACAAAUGCAGAAGCAAACGAACGAUCCUCAACACGAGGGAACGCAAUCUUCAGCUCCGUCUUCUUCUUUGCAUGUACAACGUCGAAAACGUUCCUUCCAUGGUGAACCUUUUAGAAGCUACAUACCCGACAAGAUUUAAUCCCAUCUCAUUUUUCACGCUGCACCUUGUGGAGCUUAAAGGACGAUCUCACGCAGUCCUCACGCCACACCACCAGAUGAACAAACUUGACCCAAACACGGCCCAGUCCACAUACAUUGUCAGUGCCCUCCAACGGUUUGAGCAAAAGUAUCAGGGUACACUCAUGGCGCAACAUUUCACCGCAGCCGCGCCUUUCUCGAGUAUAAACAACGACGUAUGCACGCUCGCACUUGACAAGAAGGCGACACUAAUCGUGAUUCCAUUCCACAAGCAAUACGCGAUCGACGGGACGGUCGGACAAGUCAACGGGCCCAUCAGGAACAUCAACCUUAACGUCCUUGAAGCGGCACCAUGUUCGGUCGCCAUAUUCAUAGACCGAGGGGAGUGCAAGGGACGACGCUCCGUCUUGAUGACCAGUACAUGGAAAAACGUGGCGGUGCUCUUCAUCGGAGGCCGGGACGACGCGGAGGCGCUCGCAUUAUGUAUGAGGAUGACUGAAAAACCGGAGCUUAACGUCACAGUGAUACAUUUCCGUCACAAAAGCUCCCUUCAGCACGAGGAUUACAGCGAAAUGGCUGAGUACAAUCUAAUAAACGAUUUCAAAAGCCAUGCAGCAGCGAAUAAAGGGAAUGUACAUUACAUAGAGGAGAUAGUGAAAGAUGGCGUGGAGACCACGCAAGCGAUUAGCUCACUUGGAGAUGCUUAUGACAUGAUUUUUGUGGGCCGAAACCAUGACCUAGAGUCUUCGGUCUUGUACGGACUUACAGAUUGGAGUGAGUGCCCAGAGUUAGGCGUGAUUGGAGAUAUGUUGACGGCCCCUGAAUUCCAUUUCUCUGUACUCGUUGUUCAUCAGCAGCAAGGGGAUGCACUGGCCAUGGACGAUAGUUAUAAAUUGCCUGUCGAGGAUCAAAAGAGUGGAGAUACAAAACAACAAGAACGAUUCUCUGUUGAAGAAGGUUUCACUACCAUUGAUCUCGACAAAAGUUAGUGUAAUCAAGUGACUUAAUCUUGAUUUUUGUAACAUUUCUUUCUAAUAAGUUCAUAACUAUAGAUAUUUACUUAUCUCUUAGAAGUAGAUGUAUUUGGAAUCUUGAGUUGAGCCUUAAAAAUAAAGACGCUAGACAUGUCAUGUGUUGUAAUUGUAGUUUCUAUUUUUUUUCCUUUAUUUUUUAGUUUUAUGUUAGUAAAUUUUUAGCGGUAAGUUAAUUGCAUAAAACAGUUUAUUGAGAAAAUAGUUUCACUCGAAUCCUCGAAUUCAUAGUUGUUUUUUCUUUCAUAUCGCACAUAAACACCAUAAAAAUCAUCUUAAUUAAUAUGGACCAUCGAGUCUAGGCAGAACUUAAAUACUCGCUUCCAUCAUCUAUUCUGUAACUUAAAACCAUAAUUCAUAGACAUAUAUGUUUUAUUAUACAUUAGUAAGAUACUGCACCAUUUAAAAACAUAUAUCAUGCACUUCUAAUCACUUAUAUAAGUAGUCGGAGCAGAUCCCUUAAUGACCUAUGAGAGAGGUCACUCCAAUGAUCAUGAACAACAAUAUCCAUAAGAAUUGGUUAAUUUGUUUUUGUUGGACUAGGCUUUGACACCAUCAUAACUUUAUCCUAGGUAUUUAUUUUGUAAAGUUUCACAUCAUAUUUUAUCACAAUUUAGUCGCAUAUUUUAAAUGCAUUCAUUUUUUAUAUCAAAGAUGCAUUCUUUAUCGUAAUUUAUUAUGUAUAUAUAUUUUUAUGUCACUCAUAUUCUCAUAAAUAUAUAACUUCUGAAUGUAGAAUUUAGUAGAAAUGGCACAAUAUUACAAUCAUCUAGAUUUUCUAUCACUAUACUUCAAGACAAAACACACUUUCUUUUAUUAAUGUUAAAAGCUCUCGAAACGCUCUACCAAAGAACAAAAAAACUUUCAAAACAAUUCUCAGACCAUCUCCGGCUUCACUUCAUUUUCAUUUUUUUUCAUUUUUGCUUCAUUUUGAAGUAAGUUUUUUUCAACUCUACUUUAUAUAUUGCUUCAAAAUGAAACAGUGAACAGUGUUAUUUCAAAUUUGAAGAUCUACUGUGCAUUUUAUUUUUUGAAAAUGAAAUUUUUUAAAUUGUAAAUUGGUCCUUAACUUUUACUUAUUCUUAUAUUUUUCCAAAAUAAAUUAUAUACGUUAAUAUUAUCCAAUUAAUUUUAAUUUUUGACUAUUAAUUUCAUUUAAUCAAAUGUAUAUAUCAAAAAGCAUAUGAAUAUUCAUUUGUAAGAAUUUUCAACUCGAUUAGAAAAAAUCUAAGAUAAAUAAGUUCAUCUCUUACUUCUAAACAAUUUUGUUAAUCACUUAUAGAAAAAUUAUAUAUAUGGUCUUUUUCCAAAUUAUGAUGUUUUGUGUUUGUUUAUUCAUGUUGUGUAACAAAUUUAUUAUAUGAUAAUUUUUAAUUGUAUGAAAUAAUAAUUAUGUUGGAUUAUUUUUAAAACAAAAUAGCUAGAUACAAUUUGUAAAUAUGAAAAAGUAUAAAAUUUUAUUUGUAAUUUAUGAUAAAAUAGAGAUAAAAUAUAUUUGGAAUGUUCUUUUUACAAGAAAAAAAUGAAGGAAUCCAUCAUAGUGAAUGUUACUUCAGUGUUUUCUUUAUUUUGAAGAAAGUGAACUUUUAAAGAUAGAAAUGAAGUCCAUCUAUUGGAGAUGCUCUUAACAAAUACAACAUGUUACUCUGUUCAGGUGUUUGCGUGCCGAUUUAAGUUCUAAAACUAUGUACAAUGGGGGUGUUGAAUAAAAGAUUCAACAGUUGAAUCCCUACAAUGAGGGUGUUGAAAAAUGAAAUUUGAUGAUGUGGAUUAAUUGUUGUUGAAAAGAUUCAACAUGUUGAAUUAGAAGAAAGUGGGGACCACCGACGACAAAUGUCACUUUCUAAAGAUUUUUGAUAUUUUGAUAUUCUCUUAGUUAUUUAAAACUAAUUAAUUUCAUUAUAAAUUAAAUAAUUUAUUUUUAUUUCUUAUAUUAAAAUUUAUCAUUUUAAAUUAUCUAUAAAUAGAGAAUAGGUUUAUUUAAUUUGGAUAUAGAAAAAAAUAAUUAUUAAUUAAUAAAAUAGAGUGUUAAAUUUUAUUCAACAAGACCAUUGUAGUGGAUAAAAAUUGAAUGUGUGUUGAAUGAUGAUGUAUAAAAAAGAGAAUAUGACAUGAAGUGGAUGGUGUUGAAUCUUAAAACCAUUGUACAUAGUCUAAUACGUAACAAAAACUAGCAAUUGUAACUGAAAAAGGAUGCUAAACAAAAAUAAAAUAAGAAAGAAGAAUAAUACUAGUAUUUAAGUUUAAUAAUUUCUAUAAAAAAUGGUUGUGAGAAACAAAAAAGAUAGGUGUUUAGGAGAGACGGGACAUAAAGGAUGGAAUCCAUGUGGAAGGCAGCCGAAUCAGAUGCCCUCGCCAGCUUUCUUUUUCCUUUUUCAUUAUUUUCUAUUUUCUUUUUAAAGAUUUAAACUAUUUUCGAUUUUUUUACUUAUAUAUGUAACUAUCUCCUAAUGUAAGUUUAUUUCAUAUAUAUAUAUAUAUAGAUAAUACAGAUAGCUGUUGCAAGUUCAAAAUAACAUAUUUCUAAAGAAUCCAUCAUAUUAAAUUGAAUUUGAUUAUAAAUUCAAAUUGUUUUACCAAGUCAUUACCGUUGAGUUCCUCAGAAUCAUGUUGGCAAGGAGAAAAAAGUUCCUUGCAAUCAUUCCCUAUUCUUUUGAUCUUAUAAAUUCUCGGAUUGAGGAAAAUAAAUCUCUAAAUCUCAGUUAGAGUAAUCAGUGAUAUAUAUUGGUACAUCUUAAUAUAGCAUAUUUCUAAAGAUGCAAAAGGUAUAUAUACUGAAGAGGCCAUUAUUUUGAAAUUUAAUUUAGUAUACCUAAAUCUUGCAACAACUCUGAAUUUUUAUCCACUGCAAAUCAUUUUCUAUCCACAAUCUACAUAACAAACUACUAUGAUUUGGUUUACAUGUAUAUAAAUAAAUAGAAAGAUCUUUAACAAAAAAAUAUAUAUAGAAAGACAAUUAAUUUAAAUCUCAAUUUUAAGCAAAAUAUUAUUUAAAU